AAUUUCUCUUACGUACAAUGAUAAAGGAAAAACCUCUCUGCUUUGAGGCCUGUUUCUAAGAAAGUAGAGGCAUCUGUUUUUCACCAGCAGCACAUUGAUAAUUAGUACCAGUCCAUCCAACAAAACAUGAAGACUAAAACCAAAGGAAAGAAACAAAGGCAAACUGUUGAUAAAGAAGCGUUUUCCGACGAGCCAGCAAUGAGAAAAAAGGAACUGGUGAAACGUUUGCGACACAAAGAAAGGAGGAAUGGGGGGAACAAGGAGAGCAGCAAGAUCCCCACAGGCAGAGCCAAGCGUGCUUGGAGCAGUAAGGACAGGCUGCUGAGGAGGCUGGAAAGCAAUGAGCGCGAGAGGCAGAGGAUGCACAAGCUCAACAACGCCUUCCAGGCCUUGCGCGAGGUGAUCCCUCACGUGAGAGCCGAGAACAAGCUUUCCAAAAUAGAGACUCUCACACUGGCCAAAAACUACAUUAAAUCCUUGACCUCCAUUAUACUCAAUAUGUCCAAUGGACACUUUCCAGCAGUAGAAGGGAUGGGGGGAGCCUGGGGAUCCAAAUUGUACCAGCAUUAUCAACAGCAGCAUGGGGAGGAUGAGCAUGAGGAAAAUCUACAGAAAUAUUCCACAUAGAUUUAUAACUUCAGCCAAAACACCAACUGCCAACUACUACUGUCAUUGUUUUUCCUUCUUACAUCAUAAUACAUGCCAUUACCUAGAGGUUUAAAGAGAUUA